GACUAGUGGCUGAUGGAGGCGAAUGAUAGGUGGGAGAUUCAAGGAUCUGGAAGGCAAUGUUUGCCUGGAGGGGUCUCUGCUAUGCCAAUGCCAAUGUCUCUUGGAGGACCACUCAUUAUAUGCCAGUGUGGAGGUUUUCUAUACUCAUCUCAUCACAACUGAACAAACACAAUGACACCCUUUGAUGCACUGCGCACAUUUUACCAAAGCCUAACAAGAACAAAGAGAGUGACGUUAGAUACAGCAGAGGGCUCGGGGUUGUGCCGAUGUCUGACCUCUGUGGACCUGGUGGCUCUAGGUGUGGGAAGCACUCUAGGGGCCGGUGUGUACGUCCUAGCCGGAGAAGUGGCCAAAGUGGAUUCUGGGCCGAGCAUCAUCCUAUCCUUCCUGAUUGCAGCCUUGACCUCUGUGCUCGCAGGACUAUGCUAUGCAGAGUUUGGAGCCCGUGUACCGCUCACAGGAUCUGCCUAUCUCUACACCUAUGUGACAGUUGGGGAGCUUUGGGCCUUCAUUACUGGAUGGAACCUGAUACUUUCCUAUGUCAUAGGCACUUCUAGUGUUGCCCGAGCAUGGAGUGCCACGUUCGAUGAGCUGGUUGGAAAGGCAAUAGGAAAUUAUUUCAGAAGGACAAUGCCCAUGGACAUACCAGGGCUGGCUGAAUACCCUGAUAUCUUUGCAGUGUGUCUCAUACUUCUCCUUGCAGGUCUUCUUUCCUUUGGUGUGAAAGAGUCAACCACAGUGAACAAAAUCUUUACAGCCAUCAACAUGAUUGUGCUGGUGUUUGUUAUUAUCAGCGGGUGUGUUAAGGGUGACCUGAGAAACUGGGAGAUCACCCAGGAGGAGCUUGAUGACGCAAUUCACCGCAUGAGUAACCAUUCUGCAGGUGGUAACAUAACCGGUAUCUUUGGAGUCGGUGGAUUCAUGCCAUUUGGCUUUAGUGGAACCAUGGCGGGAGCUGCAACCUGCUUUUAUGCCUUUGUUGGAUUUGACUGCAUUGCCACCACAGGAGAGGAGGUGAAGAACCCACAGAGAGCAAUACCUCUGGGAAUUGUGGUGUCCCUAUCUAUUUGUUUUAUGGCAUAUUUUGGCGUCUCUGCAUCUCUCACGCUCAUGAUGCCCUAUUACCUCUUGGAUUCCCAGAGUCCUUUGCCAGCUGCUUUUGAAUAUGUUGGAUGGAAUGUGGCAAAAUAUGUUGUGGCUGCAGGAUCCCUCUGUGCUUUGACCACAAGUCUCUUGGGAUCUAUGUUCCCUAUGCCCCGGAUUCUCUUUGCGAUGGCCAGAGAUGGUUUGCUCUUUCAGCAACUAUCACGAGUCAGUGGUCGGCAGAGUCCAGUGGUGGCCACAAUGGCCUCAGGAGUAGUAGCAGCUGUCAUGGCUUUCCUGUUUGACCUGAAGGCCUUGGUGGAUAUGAUGUCAAUAGGAACUCUUUUGGCCUACACGUUGGUGUCUUCAUGUGUCAUUCUGCUGAGGUACCAGAUGCUGACAGACACCACACAAGCAACUAAUGGAAGUAUACAGAACCAGGAUGAUAUCACAGAUCCAAGGCCUUCAGCUAUUGGUUCAGCUCGCCCUUCAGUAAUGGUAUCACGGGGUGUAAUGGCAUUAGCGGUCCUGGCAUGUAUUGCGAGUGUGGUAUCUACAAUAUUUUCCCAGAAUAUCCUGUCUGGCGUCCUUUGGUGUAUUAUUCUGGUUGCCUUGGCACUCCUUGGCAUUGUAGUGAUCACCUUCUUAAUCUGGAGGCAACCACAAAACCAGAGCAAAGCAGCAUUCAUGGUUCCGUGUGUGCCAUUCCUACCUGUUCUGAGCAUCCUUGUUAAUAUUUACUUGAUGGUUCAGCUGAGUGCAGACACGUGGCUCCGUUAUGCUGUCUGGAUGGUGCUCGGUUUCGUAAUAUAUUUUGCCUAUGGGAUCCACCACAGUGCAGAACGACUGAACACACCAGUUACUGUACUGCAGACGAUUGAUGAUGCUGCAGAGAAUAUGGGAUCCAAGACACAGUUCUUUGAUGUUCAGCUUGGUUAAUAAACCAUAAAUGCGAC